UGACCUCAAUAGAGUCUCCCGGGAAUUUUUAGGAGGGAGGUGCGAAACGUCACGCGGCUUGUCUCGAGUUGUCAAACUUUGGAAGAGACAAGUUUCGUCCUUCUUCAGCUUUCUAGUCUUACCUUUAACUUAGACGUCGAAGAUGUCGACAGGACGUGGUCGUGGAAGAGGGUUUGGACGGGGGAGAAUCCCAGGAAUAGGCGGGAACGGUGGUGGUAGCGCGGCCGGGGACUCUGCGCCGCGUCCCGGCGGGCUGUCGACCAGAGGGUCGGUGACUGAAAACGGGACCGUUAGCCAAUCAGUUAAAACUAACAACGCUGGUGGUGGAUCAGGCGUACAGAACAACAGAAGAGAAGCUCAGGAGACACGGUUAAAAGGUAACCAAAAGGAAGAUCCAGAGCCCAAGAAAGCUGGUGUGACCCUGAUGGCCAAGUACAGCUACAAGGCCAACCCUGACCAGCCUGGCGGCUUUCCUGAACUGUCUGUCAAGCAGGCACAGAUGCUGACGCUGGUCAAGAAGCAUCCGAACAACGAACACUGGUGGGAGGCCAAGAAUGAGGACGGGGAGGUCGGCUUUGUGCCCGCAUCUUACAUGAUGAUUAUGGAGCAGAAACCUUCGGCCCUUCCAUGGCUGCAGAACAGAGAACCAGAGGAAGUGAAAGAGCCUGAAGUCAACAGAAAUGCUAAACCUAACGUGUUUGGGAGACCACCACAAGGAUCCUACAAGCCAUACAAAUCAGCCUAUGCUGACGUCAGGGAGAAAGAGAAGGAGAGAGAUAAACAACAGUAUUACUGCAAGAUCUGUGAGAAACAGUUGAACGGUCCCAAGCCCUAUGCAGCUCACAUGGCCAGCAAACUCCACAAGGAGAAUGUGGAACUGGAACGGGAGAUGGGACGGGUUUCCUUGUCCUAGCCGGGCUCCCAAGUUGUUCAUCCUAUCAUGCCAGGCCCACUGUUUGUAUAUUUAUGUCAAGUAACAGUCUUAGGGUAUCAGCCUACUGUGGCCACUGGCCAGGCUGCACAGGGUGCUGGAAAAUUG